AGAAAAGCUUUGAUUGUUUUCCAGAGUUUCUGAAAAACUGGUUUUUCAGAAAAGCGGGCCUUCGAGGCCCUAGGAACAGCUCUCAUAUUCAUAUUCGGAAUCAGCAUAAUCGAUAACCUUUAAUCCACUAGGUUUCGUUGAAAAAGCACGGGGGCACUUAAAAACGUUCCCUCGUAAGUAGUUCUGUGACAGAAAAAAUAGAUAUCGAACCUCGUCAAACUCUCUCGAUGUGAUGGAGAGUUCAUGACGUGAACAUCACGUCAUUCUGUAGCAAGGGGUAAUCAAUAAUAAACUGCUAAAGUUAAACAUAUCACCGAUAGAUUUCUUGUGGUCCAAGAACUCUUCAGUAUAUUCGUUCUAACAAUAGAGUCUCUUCAUUGAAUGUGUUUUGUUUUUCUUCAGGAAUAUGCAAUGAUUCUUAAUCGUCAAUUACAUCCGAAAAAUAAUGAAAAAUUGGGUAAACAAUUUGAAGUUAAAAAUUUGGAUUUAUUAAGCCAAGACCAAGCAGAACAAUUGUAUGAACUUUAUUGUGUAAUAAAAAAUACAACAACACCAGAAACACCAGCCACUCCUCCUUCCACUAACACUCACUCAACUGGUCUCUAA